AUGUUGGUCCAAUUCGAGGCGACAAUCAAGAGAUUGCAAUCUGCUGACAUGUUGGGGGAUGCUUUAACUUCCAAGAAGGUCAAGAAGGCCCGACGUUGGAAGAAAAAGAAGAGCAAAGCCAAAGGUCCAGCCCCUGCAAGAAAAACAGUUGUCAAGGGCCAGACUUUUGGCAAAGGGAAGAGGAAGGAAGUUCUUAAAGCUAACAAGGCAGAAGAUGACUGCCACUACUGCUAUGAAAAGGGGCAUUGGAAGAGAAAUUAUCCUAAAUUCCUUGUCUUUGUUCAAGGUGAUGGCAAAAAGAAGAAGACUAAGUGA